GUGCAGAGCCGCGGGGCUGAAUCGGCGCUCGCGAUCCGGUGCUUCCGUCUGGCUCGAGGACCAACCGGCGGAUGCUGGAACGGAUGUUGGCUGCCGGCUGCAACCCGGGCCUGGGUCAGUGAGGAGUCCUCGGUUCCGCCAGGCCGGUGUCCCCUUCCGCACCCGCUGUGCUAGUGGGGAGACGGCCGGUGUAGGAGUCGAGGCCAAGGCUCGCUGCGAGCUCCCGCACUGCUCCUCGCGGGCUGAGGUGAAGGACAGAACCCGCUUGACCACAGAACCCCCGGGGAUUGAGGGACAUAAAUUAUUUUUUUUUUAAUUAUUUGGUUUGUACGGCCUGGCCAGGACUAGAUGAGACCCUCUCUAUUGCUAUUACGUAGGACUAUUAAAGCGUGAAUGUUGUCCCCAGGACAUUCACGUUAAGACCUUUAAUAGCUAUUAAACUGCUUGGUAAAUUAUAAUUAGUGUGCCUGGAAGCGACUGCUCAUGACACCAAAAUAAGUUCAAGUAGGCUGGCAAUGGAUCUCUAAAGAGGCUUUUCUGACCCACCGAUGUACAAAUGAUUUCAUUCCUAAGUAGUUGGACUAUCAGUUAAGCCGCAUUUGCUGCCCCUCACAAUGAAAACAAGAUUUUCAAUAAUGAAAGUUCUAACACACAGUUAUGCUGUCUCGCUUCAGUUUUUCUGUCAGAUAUUCCACUGUAAUAAUGCUGGAGUUAAGAAGUGUCCAUUCCUUCGCUGUACAUCAGAUCAAUUUAUCUGCAUACAGAAAUGGAGUAAUGUGUAAAGACAGCUGGCAAAUUAAAGAUGUUAAUGACCUAAGCUCUGUGCUGAAAUAAGAUUAAUUGGACUGCAAGUGCCAUCUUAGGGUAACCCAAAUCUCUUACUGGAACCAUGAAAGUUUUGCUGGUGUUUGACUUCGACAAUACAAUCAUAGAUGACAAUAGUGACACCCGGAUUGUACAGUGUGCUCCAGACAAAAAGCUUCCCAUGGAACUGCAAGAUUCUUACCAGAAGGGGUUCUGGACAGAAUUUAUGGGCAGAGUCUUUAAGUAUCUGGGAGAUGAAGGGGUGAAAGAGGAUGAAAUGAGAAGAACAGUGAUAUCCAUGCCUUUCACUUCAGGGAUGGUGGAGCUUUUCGGCUUUCUAAGGAUGAAUAAGGAUAAAUUUGAUUGCAUCAUUAUUUCAGACUCAAACUCAGUCUUCAUAGAUUGGGUUUUAGAAGCUGCCGAUUUUCACGAUGUCUUUGAUAACGUGUUUACUAAUCCAGCAGCUUUUGAUAACAGUGGUCGUCUCACAGUGAAAAAUUGCCAUGCUCAUUCUUGCAAUAGGUGUCCAAAGAACCUUUGCAAAAAUGCAGUUUUGGUAGAAUUUAUAGAUAAACAGUUAGAGAAGGGAGUGAGAUAUGCACGGAUCGUUUAUAUAGGAGAUGGUGGAAAUGAUGUCUGUCCAGUGACCUUUUUAAGGAAAAAUGAUGUUGCCAUGCCACGGAAAGGGUAUACUCUACAUAGGACUCUUGCCAGAAUGUCUCAAAAUCUUGAGCCUAUGGAAUCUGCUGUUGUAGUUUGGUCUUCAGGUGUUGAAAUAAUUUCUCAUUUACAAUUUCUAAUAAAGGAGUAAUGUGCCAACCAUUGAAA